GCUGAUUGGUCACUGGUGUGGUAGAAGGGUCCUCACUGCAGUGCCGCUAGUGCGGGUUUCUCGACCACGUGCUUAGAACAGGCCGGCUGGUCGCACCGAGACCUGUUCUGUCAAAACCGCAUUCAUCCACAGAGCUACUAUCAACUCAACACGCUGUCAUAUCACGACUCGUCUCCACCGUGGAUGCUUUAUUUCCCAGGCUCGAGUCGAAACCACCAACCGUCUUUGUUACUGCAAAGACCAAGGAACAUUUCCCUUCCUUCGUCUGGAUUUCCUAGUUUUGUUGGAUCAUCUUUUGAGCGAAGGAAGAGCCCACAGCCAUGCGCAUUUUCAACAAAAAAGCAACUGUGAAGAUCUCCAACGGUGACAGUGGAGGGUCAGACAUGUCUUCAGCUGGUGCCGGGGUUAUUCAUCACAAGAAGUUCCGGCCAGCAGGAGGCAUCGCCCCAGCAAGCGUAAUGCCAGCCACCAAGAAGCGACGCGGCAACCUCCCCAAGGAAGCUGUUAACAUCCUGAAGCUGUGGCUGUACGAGCAUCGCUACAACGCUUACCCCAAUGACCAGGAGAAGAUGCAUCUUGCCCGGAUGGCCAAUCUGACUUUACUGCAGGUGUGUAACUGGUUCAUCAAUGCCAGGCGCAGGAUUCUUCCUGAUAUGAUCCGCCGAGAGGGUCGGGACCCAGACAAGUUCACCAUCAGUAGGAGGUCGCCCGGAAAGCUGAACGGACAGGCAGAUGAAGACGGAGUCACAGGUGAGAUGCAAGGAAGCCCAGAGGAGGAGAAAGCCCACGCUCGCAUCAACAUGGAAGAGUCCAGACUCUCUGAUAGUGGCAAUGAAGCCGACACGUCAUCCAUGAGUGCCAGUGGGUACGACUCUCCUCCUUACGAGUCGGAUGGAUACUCAGAGGAUGCCCCGUCACCCCGUCCAUCAACCUACCACCAUGAUCGCACUCAGCGCUCAGAAUUCUCACAGAAUGACCUCGUGUGCAUGGAGCGAGAUGUCUCCAGCCCAUCUCUAAGUGAAGCAGGAUCCACCAGUGCAGGACGAGGCUGCAGUCCCCCUCUGACUCAGCCAGUACCGUACCAUGGCUCCCCACUAACGAUGUUUCCAUCCUCCACCCCUCUGACCUAUCCAAGCACGUACCAGUACAUAAGGGCCCCGUUGGACUUGAAGCUACCCCAGGGGGCCAGCUUUCCCAGCCUGCCACUUCCCCACCACCACCACCAGCACACAGAGCUUUACCGUCACUUGAGUCAAUCCCAAGAGGGCAAGAGACUGCCCAUGCCAAGCCACCAACGUGUGCCUUCCCAAACACCCCCACCGUCACCGCCGAGGGAUGCCUCCCCAACCCUUCGGCCCCCUGCCCCGGCGACCAAGAUGGAGGCAGAAACAUUCAGCGGGCUUCUCAUGCUGGUGGAGGUGGCCAACUCGAGACGAGAGUACGAACAGCAGCUGCCUCAGCACCAGAGCCAUUACGGACAAGCUGUUGCCUGCCUGUAGCCAACAAAGCAAAUAAGUCACUAAUCAAAAGGGUGACCCAAAACACCAUGGAACAUCAUAUUGUGUGAGCACAGCUGUGUUGCAUCUGAUUGGCUUCAGUCACUUUGCACCGAUUCUAGACAAAGACAGCACAGUAAUUGGAGCAAAAGCCCCAAAGGAGUUAUCCCUGUGGCAUAGUGUAUAUAUAGUGUGCCUUACAGAACAUUCCCGUUAGACAGGGAAGUUCAGCUAUUUAUAUGCUGACUCAAGACUUUCUGCACUGAGAUCGAUUAUACAUGUAAAGGACCAAAAAGUGAUAAGUAGGGCUCAAAGUGGCAGGGUACUGCAAACGUGAAAAAUUGAAAGAUCGAGUAAGAGAACACCGGGCAGCUACAGCUGUGAAUGACCUGCGUACGUCUGUCUUGACCCGUCCUUAGCAUUAAUUGCCUUUUAGUUGCCGUGACUUGAAGCGCCCUCUGUUGUCUACCACAAUUUUGUGGCGAAUGAAUUUGGAUUCAAGGGCGGUCAUGAAGCAUUACUGCAAGUAAAGUGUUUGGCAAAUCAAUUGAAUAUUGUACAAUGAAGCACAGGUAUAUGACAAUACAAACUCGCUCAGUUGAGCACUCAAGGCCACUUUUCUCUCUAUCAGACAAAAAUUCAAGCUGAAAUAAGGCAUCGUUGGACCUUAGUAAUACCUUAUUGUCUUGUUCCCAGACGUGAAAGAUGUGCCAAACCACUGGUUACUGUAUUCACAUGGCCUUGUUCCAGACUAUUAGAUUUGUAUGGUGCAUUUAUUCCUCAAUUUCAAAGGAAAAUGGGAAGAAAAUAGGUCUGUUUGUAAGAGACAUUUUGAUUUGAAAGAACGGAAUGCAACGAAAAGACGGUAAAUUGCUUCAAUUAAAAGCAAGAAUGCUUGGAUUUCUUUGUAUUUAUAUUCCAAAUUUGAUACUUUUGCAGAGCUGUCUUGUUUGUAAAGUACAUGUACGUACGAUAAUGAAACGAAAAGGAUGAGGAAUUGGACGAAAUGAAUUUCCAAUGAGCAAAAUAUUGAACCAAUAAUGUGAAUGAACUUGUAGGAUAGCAAGUCCAGCCUAUUUUCCCUUUCGAACGAAAUUUUGUGUAUUUUGCUUUAAAAAGCGUCUGUGUAUUUUAUUUCUUGCUCUUUGGCUUUUCUGUCUUUAUUUUACCGUUUGAUUUAGAUUUCUUUUUAGUUCUAGCGAGGAUGAUUUUAUGAAUUUGCAGUAAACGAUGUGUAGACUCUAUACUAUCGUCUUUCUGUUUGCAAUCUGUAUUGGAUUUAGAAAUAAACUAUGUACAUGUACAUUAAACACAGAUAUUUA